GUUGCCGUUGUACACAAAAUAAAAAAAGUAAAAACACGCUUUUUAUUGCACGAAACAAAACUAACCACAUAUAAAUAACGCCAUUUAAAUCUGCUUUUCGUUCAUCACCUGGCUUUCUUUCAUUGUAGCCCAGACAAGUCACAGGUUCUCAAGAUGUUUGCCUUGGUCCUCGCUUUUCUGUUGGUCGGCACAAGUUUUGCAGUGGAGAGAGACGUGCUGAACGUCCCACCUCUACUCAACAUCCUGCGUGACGUAGACAGCCAGGACAUCACGUGCUCCGCCUCCUUCCCCUCGAUCAGCAUCUCCUGCAGUGUCAAGAAAGACAUCCAGUCUGCCUUUGUCAACAUCCUGGGUCAGGAUAUCCCCCUUAUCUACAGUCGAGACACGCAGGACAUUGAUAUCUUUGGGAUCCCUGUGUCUGGCAGUGUCACUAUCAGUGUGGGGGGUAAGCGGCUGAUCGGCUGCCCAAUAACCUUUAACCCUCUCCCAGUCAUGAACUGUAUUUUGUGAAAGAUUCACACUUGAGCGGCACCUAAUGCUGUGUUCACAAUAAAGUGCUUCAACAUC